GUGCAGACAGAUCUGACCACGAGGCUAACAAUCUGCGGGCGUGCAAGAGACGACGCUCACUGGAAGCUGGGACCAGGAGUGGUGCUGACAGCACGACGCCGCGAGUGAAGAUAACACCAACGAGAAGCUCGUGACAACUUCCAUCGAAAGAUGGCCCCCGAUUGGAAAUCAUUUCCGUUUAAGAUAUUGCCGCUGAAAAAUGAGAUUCAGAAGAAAAUAGCUCAAGAUUUUGCAGGACACCCAAGUGGAUUAGCGUCUUGCAAUCACUGGGGCUUCAAGCUGCCGGCCACGGUCACUGAAACCGAACUGGAGAACAUUUACAACUAUCCGCUGGACCCGAGUGACGUCUGGGUGGUGGCGCCACCAAAGUGUGGUGGCACCUGGACCAUGGAGAUGGUGUGGCUCAUCGUCAACAACCUGGACUACGAGGGAGCAAAGACGCCACUUUUUCCUGACAGGUGGCAUUACAUGGACUUUGCCGCUCGUCGGGACAAAGGUUUCGCUUUACCCGUUUGUUCCGAACUACCACCAUCCGUUGGUGGUAGUCCUCAAGACUGGACUGGCACGUCUGGCGACCACAUCCGCACGUCUCCACGCUACAUCAAGUCGCACAUGCCCAUGAGCAUGAACAACCCGCGCCUACUAGACGUCUGCAAGGUUGUCUACGUGGCCAGGAACCCGAAGGACGCUUGUACAUCUUACUACCAUCACUGCAAGCUGUUUAAGCUCCGUGAUUUCAAGGGGGACCUGAAGCUCUUCGUGGAUGAUUUCACAGACGGCACAAUGAUGUCAGCCACAAUGUGCGAGCAUAUGAUUGAGGCGUGGAACCUGCGUCAUCAUCCCAACAUGUGCUUCCUCUUCUUCGAGGAUAUGAAGCGGGACCUGAAGUCACAGAUACGUCGAGUGGCCACAUUUUUCGGCAAGUCCUAUUCGGACCAACAGGUGGAAAAGCUGGCAGAGCACUUGCACAUAGACAACUUCAAGAAAAACCCGCACGUCAACAAGGAGGAUGCAAGGGCAAAGGCACUGAUGUACCCGGAUCGUGGCAAUUUUGUCCGGCAAGGAAAAACAGGCAACUGGAAAAAGGUAUUUACCCCCGACAUAGACGAGAAGUUUGAUAAGUGGAUGGCCCAAAAGAUGAAGAGCACUGACCUAACUUUCGUGAUGGAUCUGGAAAGACAGGACUGAUGAUCUGCAGCCGUUUACCCAACCAGAACUGGCUGUAGGGGUCGGUGUGAAUGGUGUGGGGUGACCCCUCCUCGCCGUGGACGCUGCAGGGGUGGGUGUGAGUGGUGUGGGGUGACCCCUCCUCGCCGUGGGCGCUGCAGGGGUCUGUGUGAGCGGUGUGGGGUGACCCCUCCUCGCUGUGGACGCUGUAGGGGUCGGUGUGAGCGGUGCUCGGUGAUCCCUCCUCGCUGUGGACGAUGCAGGGGUCGGUGU